CCAGGGUCUCGGGUUGGGGGGGUGGAGCCGCACUUCGUCGCCGCGGGGGUGCCGGGACUCCGGCCGCAGUGCCGCCGCCAUCACGGACUUCCUGUGGGACAAGCGCACGGGCCUCGCCGCCAGAACGAUGCCUCAUCCCCGAAGGUACCACUCCUCAGAGCGAGGCAGCCGGGGCAGUUACCACGAGCACUAUCGGAGCCGAAAGCAUAAGCGUCGAAGAAGUCGCUCCUGGUCCAGUAGCAGUGACCGGACGAGGCGGCGCCGGCGGGAAGACAGCUACCACGUCCGUUCCCGAAGCAGCUACGAUGACCGUUCCUCUGACCGGAGGGUGUACGACCGGCGAUACUGUGGCAGCUACAGGCGCAACGACUAUAGCCGGGAUCGGGGAGAGGCAUACUAUGAAGCAGACUACCGACAUUCCUACGAGUACCAUCGGGAGAACAGCAGCUACCGCAGCCAGCGCAGCAGCCGGAGGAAGCACAGGCGGCGGCGGCGGCGUAGCCGGACGUUCAGCCGCUCAUCUUCGCAGCACAGCAGCCGGAGAGCCAAGAGUGUAGAGGACGACGCUGAGGGCCACCUCAUCUACCACGUCGGGGACUGGCUACAAGAGCGAUAUGAAAUCGUGAGCACCUUAGGAGAGGGCACCUUCGGCCGGGUUGUGCAGUGCGUCGACCAUCGCAGGGGUGGGGCUCGCGUCGCCCUGAAGAUCAUUAAGAAUGUGGAGAAGUAUAAAGAAGCAGCUCGACUUGAAAUCAAUGUGCUGGAGAAAAUAAAUGAGAAGGACCCUGACAACAAGAACCUCUGUGUCCAGAUGUUUGACUGGUUUGACUACCAUGGCCACAUGUGUAUCUCCUUUGAGCUUCUGGGCCUUAGCACCUUCGAUUUCCUCAAAGACAACAACUACCUGCCCUACCCCAUCCACCAAGUGCGCCACAUGGCCUUCCAGCUCUGCCAGGCCGUCAAGUUCCUUCAUGAUAACAAGCUGACACAUACGGACCUCAAGCCUGAAAACAUUCUCUUUGUGAAUUCCGACUACGAGCUCACCUACAACCUGGAGAAGAAGCGAGAUGAGCGCAGCGUGAAGAGCACAGCCGUGCGGGUGGUAGACUUCGGCAGUGCCACCUUUGACCAUGAGCACCAUAGCACUAUUGUCUCCACCCGCCAUUACCGAGCGCCAGAGGUCAUCCUGGAGUUGGGCUGGUCGCAGCCUUGUGACGUGUGGAGCAUAGGGUGUAUCAUUUUCGAGUACUACGUGGGCUUCACCCUCUUCCAGACCCACGACAACAGAGAGCAUCUGGCCAUGAUGGAGAGGAUCCUGGGUCCUGUCCCUUCCCGAAUGAUCCGAAAGACAAGAAAGCAGAAAUAUUUUUACCGGGGUCGCCUGGAUUGGGAUGAGAACACAUCAGCUGGGCGCUACGUCCGUGAGAACUGCAAACCACUGCGGCGGUAUCUGACCUCAGAGGCGGAGGAGCACCACCAGCUCUUUGAUCUGAUCGAAAGCAUGCUAGAGUAUGAACCUGCCAAGCGGCUGACCUUGGGCGAAGCCCUUCAGCAUCCUUUCUUCGCGCGCCUUCGGGCUGAGCCACCCAACACCAAGUUGUGGGACUCCAGUCGGGAUAUCAGUCGGUGACAAUCAGGCCCUGGGCGCCCCUGCGUCUCUCAGGGCAGUGGGUGUCCAGUCCAGGACACUGGUGCUUUUUUAUACAAGAGAACCGAGCCGGAGCUCCGUCCUUCCUCCUGGCUCCCUAUAUACCUGUGAAUAUGUGAAAUAGUGUAAAUAUGACAGAACUUGUACCUAUCACUUCAGUCCUGCCUUGUACAUAACGCUAUUCCAUCCACACUCUUCCCACCCUCACCUGCCCCCCACAUGCAGUUGGAUGGGGGCAAGUGAGGUAAUCAGGUGGCAUCCAGCCCAUGUUUUAUAAGGAAUUUUGUACAGUCUUUGUGAAAUAAAAUGACGUGCUUCAUCUGACCGCUAUGCACGGCGUUU